UGGGGCCUCGCCACCCGCCGUCCUCAUGGCUCCGCUGCUCUUGGGGCUCCUGGGGCUCCUGGGGCUCUGGGGGCUGCUCUGCACCUUCGCCCGCACCCCUUCCCGGGCCCCUCGCUGGCCCCCCGGGCCGCGCCCACUGCCGCUCAUCGGGAACCUGCAUUUGCUGCGGCUGUCACAGCAGGACCGGUCAUUCAUGGAGCUCGCCCAGCAGUACGGGCCAGUGUUCACUGUCCACUUGGGGCACCAGAAGAUGGUCGUGCUGACCGGCUACGAGGCGGUGCGGGAGGCCCUGGUGGGCACCAGGCAGGAGCUGGCCGGCCGGCCCCCCAUCGCCAUCUUCCAGCUCAUCCAGGGAGGCGGCGGCAUCUUCUUCUCGUCGGGGCCGCGCUGGAGGGCCGCCCGCCAGCUCACCGUGCGCGCCCUGCACAGCCUGGGCGUCGGAAGGGCGCCUGUGGCCGACAAGGUCCUGCAGGAGCUGCGGUACCUGACAGGGCAGCUGGACAGCUACGGAGGCCGGCCCUUCCCGCUGGCGCUGCUCGGCUGGGCUCCCUCCAACAUCCUCUUCGCGCUCCUCUUCGGCCAGCGGUUUGACUACCGGGACCCUGUGUUCGUGUCCCUGCUGGGCCUCAUCGAUGAGGUCAUGGUUCUCCUGGGGACACCCAGCAUACAGCUGUUCAACAUCUGCCCCUGGCUCGGGGCCCUCCUCCAGCUGCACCGGCCCGUCUUGCGCAAGAUCGAGCAGGUGCGGGCCAUUCUGCGGACCCUCCUGGAGGCGCGGCGGCCCCACCCACCCAGCCAAGGACGUGUGCAGAGCUACCUGGACGCCCUGAUCCAGCAGGGCCAGGGGAAAGACCCCGAGGGCCUGUUUGCCGAGGACAACGUGGUGGCCUGCACCCUGGACAUGGUCAUGGCUGGCACGGAGACCACCGCCGCCACGCUGCAGUGGGCCGCCCUCCUGAUGAGCAAGCACCCGAGUGUGCAGGGCCGGGUGCAGGAGGAGCUGGACCGCGUGCUGGGGCCCGGGCGGCCCCCCCGGCUGGAGGACCAGCGCUCCCUGCCCUACACCAACGCCGUGCUGCACGAGGUCCAGCGCUACAUUACGCUGCUGCCCCACAUGCCCCGGUGCACGGCCGCCGACACCCGGCUGGGCGACUACCUGCUCCCCAAGGGCACGCCGGUGGUGCCCCUGCUGAGCUCCGUGCUCCUGGACGAGACGCAGUGGGAGACGCCGCGCCAGUUCAACCCCGGCCACUUCCUGGCCGCCGAUGGGUGCUUCGUGAAGCGGGCGGCCUUCCUGCCUUUCUCUGCAGGCCGCCGCGUCUGUGUGGGGGAGAGCCUGGCAAGGUCCGAGCUCUUCCUGCUGUUUGCGGGCCUCCUGCAGAGAUACCGCCUGCUGCCUCCGCCCGGGCUCAGCCCCGCCACCCUGGACACCACGCCCACCCCAGCCUUCACCAUGCGGCCACCAGCCCAGGCCCUGUGCGCCGUGCCCAGGCUGCAGGGGCACUGACUGCGGGAGGUCUGGCCUGGGUUGGUCCUGGCUUGGGAUGGUGGAGGGUGAUGCGGGGGGCUCUGUGGGUGAUGGGGACCACGUGGCAGGCCGCCCGCCAACCCAAGCCAGGCUCUCAGCCAGCGAGGGCUGUCUAUCCUAGACCUGGCAGCCACGUCUGGGCACCAAGGGGGACAGGGGUGCCCCACCCCUGCCCUAA